UAUCUGCCCUCUUCUCUCCUUUUAUCGGUUCGUCUUCGCCUCUCGCCUCUCGCCUCUCGCCUCUCGCCAGGGAAAACCCGUCCGCGUCCUUCUCUCGACUCAGGCUGUCCGCUUCCUUUGCAUUGACAUCCACCGAUCUCCACCGAAAUCAACCUCAAUCGAUUGCCAUAUCCAGGUUCCGUGCAAGGAUCACUCGGCUUCCGGCGAGGAAAUGUCGCUCUCGGCAGCCGACCUCCACACUGUGUACUCGUUCCUCUCCAACGCCUUGAGCAUUGACGAGUCCACCCGCAAGCAAGCGGAAUCCGCCCUAGCUCAGUGCGAGAACCGCCCCGGAUUCUGCACCUGUCUUCUCGAGAUCAUUGCCGCGAGGGAUUCAGGUUGCCGGGAUGAUGCUCUUCUUCUUGCCUCUGUGUAUUUUAAGAACAGCAUCAGUCGCUACUGGAGACACCGCCGUGAUACCUCUGGCAUUAGAAAUGGUGAGAAGAAUCACAUCCAAACAAAGUUGCUCUUACACUUGCGAGAAGAAAAUACCCAGAUAGCAAUUCAGCUGGCUGUUCUUGUUGCAAAAAUUGCACGCAUUGAUUACCCCAAAGAAUAGUAUUGCUUUAUUUUUUUUGUGCCCGACUAUACUUGCACUUUAAAUUCAUUAUCUAUUGAAAUGUUCUUCUUGAAAUUCUUACUUGAUUACUAUUUCUCGCACUGUAGGUGAGCUAGAAAAGCUUGGAGCAGAGAAACAUUCACUUGAUUGUUUGAGUUGUGAUUAGGUAGAAUUUUGAAAAGAACACAUUGGGUAUUACUAUAUAAUUACAUAAAUCUAUGUGAAGGGAAUUAAAUCUUUCUAUUACUAUUCUUUCGACAAAAUGUACAUAUUUGAUUCUAACCCACAAUAUUGCUGUUGACCUUCAAAUGUCAGAUCCCUUUUCCUGUUGUCCUCUUAACCUCUUAAUGGGACAUUCUGGUUCAUUGGAAAUGCAGGUGAUAUUUUCUUAUUGCGCACUGAUUAAUGGAUGGGGAAAUCAAAUUUCAUAAAGAUUCUAAUUGGUGGUAGUUGGUGGCAGUAAAGCAUUAUCCUCACUUAUAUACAAUAUUAUUAACAUUUUGCUUCAUGAUAUAAAAAAAUUCCUCUUUCUCCUUUUUAAAUACUGCACUACAUUUAUUAGCAUUGCUGAAGUUAAAAAUCUGUAAUAAAAUGAAUUUGCUAGUAAUUUUCUCUAUCACACUAGUUCAGAAUUGAUCCAUCUAGUUUUUGACAUGUUAAGAUAUCAUUCUAGUAGGAUUAGCAAGUCCAGUUAUUUCCUUCUUGAUUUGCAUAAUGUAAAUGGUGCUGUUUAUCUUGCUCUAUCAGAUAUUGAUAAAUGGCCAUGUGGUUUUUCUUCUUCUCCAUAAAUCACUUAGCCAAAAUGUUUGAGAAUAACUAAGAAUCUUGCAUAUACCUAUUAUCAUACUGAACUUCCUUUAACUCCUAAUAUUAUGGAUGGAGCGCUAAUUUAUAACAAAUUGUGUUUGUUUAGAAGUUCAAAUGAUCUGAAACUCCAAGCACACAUUGUUAUGCAUAUUCUGGUAGCAUAAUAUUGUGAACUAGGCAAUGACUUACAGUUACAAAUAGAGUUGAUGCAAACGCUUUCAAGAUUCAGAUUUUUAUAGCUUCAAUAUUUAUUAAUUAAAAAUAGGUUGCUAGUCACAAGGCCUUAACUUCUCAAAAGCUGCUUACAUAGACUUAAACAUCCCAAAUCUAAUUAGAGACCUGAAGAAAGUGAGUCCAGCAACUAAUUAGAACAGAGUAGGGAUAAAAAGGUGAGAUAACAUUACAAUUAAACCAUAAAUCAUUCACCCCCUAUGCAACCUAAAGCAUUGAUUUGGUUUGCUUCUACAUCACAUAGUUUCUAUGCAAGCAUGUUGUCUCAUAUUAACUCUUGAUUCUAGUUGGAUUUUCCAUUUCUGCAUGAGCCACACAUGCACUGAUUUGGUUGUGCAUGAUAUUCAAUGAAUUUACUUCAACUACUUGUUUCCCAUUUGUAUUUGUCUUCAAUGUACAAAUUAUCAUAUCAUCUCUGGUAUAUUAUCUUAGUUUAGAAUCAUAUAUAUUUCAAUGAUAUUUGCCUAAUUGCUUUUAGGCCAGAGCUCUUUUCAAUUUUGGGUCAACGACUCCAAUCACCUGAUACCCUAACUUCACAUAGAGUCUUCAUGGUUUUGUUUCGCACUUUAAAAGAACUCUCGAUAAAACUUCUCAACUCAGACCAGAAGACAUUUCAUGAUCCAUGCUUCUCUCAUAUUAUUUUUGAAACGAGUAUAUAUUUUCUAUGUUGGAUGUGAUACAUUCUUCAGUGAAAAUCUUAUAAGCGUUUUUCUUGAUAUGUUGGUUUUGCCUGGUGUCAAUAUGUUGUACAGCUGUUAAUUUUGUCUUCAAUAAGUAUGUACACGUUUUUUUAGUAGUGGAAGAUAAAUAUGCAAUUGGCAGUGUUCAUGGUUUGUACUUCUGUAAUUUUCCAAUAACUAAGCUAAAAUCUCUAUCUUGAGCAAGCAUUCGAAAUUCCAACUACUUCUGUACUAUGCAGUUGGGCUAGCAUUGACUACAAUUUUGAUUCAAUGUUCUGACUCAUAUGCAUACUUUUUGAUAUUCUCUUGUGUUCAUUUCAUGUUUAUUUCAUAUUUCAUGAGUUGCAUUUAUUUUUGAACUUAAUUGCAAUUUAUCUCAUAUUUACAGUAUUUGAUGUUAAUAUUUUAAUGUGGUCUUUGUAGGCAUCAAAGGAUUAUGGACCCAAGUCAAAUUAGACCAAAUUGAGCUCAAAUAUUGGUAAAUGAGGAGAUCGAGUUUUGGAGCAAUAUGGACCAUCCAUCCAAGAUCUGAAAAGAUAUGAUCCAUCCAAGCUCAAGAGAGAGUAGAUCAUCACCACAAAUUAAGCUAUGAAGCUUUUGAUCUAGAUCUGAAUUGAUCCAGCCAAGAUCCGAAGCAUUAUGGACCGUCUGUUCAGAUCUGAGAUCAUAUUCCAAAUUGAGGCUACAAUGAUCUUCUCACGGGUUCUGCUUGAUCUUCUCCUCACGCGGACGCUACCCGACGUCGCCACUAUCUCCUCCACCAUUGCCUCACCACCAAGUCCAAUGGCCGACUACACCAUCUCCACCUUCACCAUCAUCGGUCGGGCUCCACCUCAUCCUUAUCUCAUCUCACAGAAGAAGGCAAUCAAAGGAGUUUGACCAAUGCCGCCCAUCAAAAUCUCCAGCCAUUUUCCUCCUCGGGCUAGAAGUGGGAGAUACGGAUCCAUCUCCUCUUCACGGUAGAAGAGGAGAAGUAUCAUUGCCUCCACACCAAAACCAGCCGUUGUCACCCUUCUCUGUCUAGCACCCACGCCUUCGCCGGAGUUCCUCUCCUCUUCGGGUUAGAAGAGGGGAGUCUUCAACCAUCUCCAUCACACCCUCUCUCACGGACACCAUUUUCACGCAUAAAACAACUCCAACCAUCUUCUCCAUUUCUUGCCAGCCAUAGCAGCCCCUUCCCCUCUUCGGGUUAGAAGAGGAGAAGCCCCUUCGUUGCGAUCCACAACUCCGUCCAUCCAGUGAUCCCUUCGGCCUUCAUUAGAUAUGUUGUUGGUUUGAUGUAGUUGGAUGUUUUCAUUGAUUUUUGUAUGCUUAUAAUCAAAUUCUAUCUCCCAUGUUUAAGUUGCUUGCAUUUGACUCAUUUUGAUUUAUGCUUGUUAGUGUUGAUGCUGAAUUCGAAA